AUGACAGAAGUACAAAACGUUAAUUUGGAUGCAGCUUCCAAACAGUCACCGGAGAAGUCACAACAAGAAGAUGAGUACCAAAAACUCAUUACUUCGCUUCCAACGCGAUGGGAGAUCGAAUUAGAGUUUGUUCAAUCACUAAGCAAUAUCCCAUAUGUCAAUUAUCUUGCUCAAAAUAACUAUCUCCAAGAUCCCAGUUUUAUCAAUUAUCUCAAAUAUUUAGAGUAUUGGUCUGAACCUGAGUAUUCCAAGUACUUGGUCUAUCCCAACUGUCUUCACAUUCUUAAAUUGUUACUGCUGCUGGAGCAGUUUCGAAGGGAUAUCGUGAACCCUGAAGUCAUGAACACUUUAAUGAAUGAUAUGGUUAAGAAGUGGCAACUGGUUGAUCAAGUGGAGAAGGCCGAGUUGAAUGAACAAGGUAUUGUUUCAAGUAGUGAAACUGUCAAAGAGGUUGCAGAUAUCCCACCUCUGAAUAAUGAAAAUGGAGGUCCGACGAUAGUGGUGAACAAUUCUGAAGAGUCCAAAAACGUAGAGAAUCCACAUAUUAUUGUGGAGGAGGAGGAGGAGGAAAAGGAGAAGGAAAAGGAGGAUGCCGAAAAGGAGGUCAAAAAGGAGGCGGAGGAAAAAAUUAAUGGAACAGAAGCACUUGAUCCAGUAUCUGCAGAGGAUGUUCAAAUGCAAUAA